AUGGGUUUCGACCACAUCUCCAACGAGCAAGACACCAAGGUGAUGGGUCCUGGAGCCGAGAAGGCCGAGAUGGCCUCCCCACCGCCAUUCGAAGGCACCAUGGUGGGGGAGAUGACCGACGCGGAGCGCAACGUCUACGACCACGGAAUCCAGAAGUUCAACCGUCUCGGAUGGAAGCGACUCACUAUCGUCCUCAUCGUGGAGGCCAUUGCCCUGGGCAGUCUGUCUAUCCCCUCGACCUUUGCCACCCUCGGCAUGGUGGCGGGUGUCAUCUGCUGCGUGGGUCUCGGUCUCAUCGCCAUCUACACCAGUUACAUUGUGGGCAUGGUCAAGCUGGCCUUCCCCGAAGUCGCCAACUACCCCGAUGCGGGUCGCCUGAUGGGCCGUCGCAUGGGCUGUGGACGUUUUGGAUAUGAAUUGCUGAAUGGUAUGCUGGGUCUCCAGCUCAUCUUCCUCACGGCCUCGCACUGCCUGACGGGCACCAUCGCGUUCUUGGAUAUCACCAAGAGUGAUGUCUGCUCAAUCGUCUUCGCCGUCGUGUCCGCAAUUCUCCUGCUUCUGCUGGCCAUUCCCCCCAGUUUCACCGAGAUGGCCAUCCUCGGAUACGUCGAUUUCGCCUCCAUCCUGCUUGCUAUCGGUAUCACAAUCAUCGGUACCGGUGUGAAGAGCUCCGACGCCCCCGGAGGACUGGCGGCAGUGCCCUGGUCCGCGUGGCCUAAGGAAGACAUCACCUUCACCGAGGCCUUCAUCGCGGUGACCAACAUUGUCUUUGCCUACAGCUUUGCCAUGUGCCAGUUCUCGUUCAUGGACGAAAUGCACACCCCACGUGACUUUGUCAAGUCCAUCUGGGCCCUCGGUAUCACUGAGAUUGUCAUCUACACCGUGACUGGUGCUUUGAUCUAUGCCUUUGUCGGUCAGGACGUGGGCAGCCCCGCGCUGACCUCGGCAGGCACCCUUCUCAGUCGGGUCGCCUACGGCGUGGCCCUCCCUGUCAUCUUCAUCAGUGGCUCCAUCAACACCGUGGUGUUUGGACGUCUCGUGCACGGUCGUAUCUUCGCCAACUCGCCAAUCCGCUUCAUCAACACCAAGAUGGGAUGGAUCACUUGGUUGGCCCUGAUUACCGCCGCCACUAUCGUUGCCUUCAUCAUCGCCGAGGUGAUUCCCUUCUUCAACGAUCUGCUCUCCAUCUCCUCUUCCCUCUUCAUCUCGGGAUUCACCUUCUACUUCCCCGCCAUGAUGUGGUUCAUGCUUCUCCGCGAGGGCAACUGGAAGGAGCCCAAGAACCUGGCCCUGGGAGCCAUUAACAUUGUGAUUUUCCUCAUUGGUAUGGUGAUCCUGGUUGGCGGUACCUACGCCAGUAUCGACGACAUUAUCAUCAAAUAUGCCAACGGAGAGGUCGGUGGCGUUUUCUCCUGCGCUGCGCCCGAGUAA